UUAAAAUAAUAAUUGCUUCUAACUGUAAUUGCCUUUAUUUUUUCCAUGUUGAAUUCAUUAGGCACCAGUGGCAACAGUUGUGGUCAUGGCAUGUAAUCGUGCUGAUUAUCUAGAGAGGACCAUUAAGUCUAUUCUAAAAUAUCAGACAUCGGUUGCUUCAAAAUAUCCCUUAUUUGUCUCCCAGGAUGGACCUGAUCCAAAUGUCAAAAGGAAGGCUUUGAGCUAUGAUCAAGUCUCAUACAUGCAGAAAAUGAUUAAUGGAAUGACUGUUAGCCGGUGGGCGUGCAUUAACUUCUCAAGAAGUGUGCAAGAGAGAGUAGCUCGUGGAUUUUGCAGUGAACUUGCUCAAAUGUGUCAAGUAUCUGGCAUGAAUUUAACACGAAACCUGUUAUUCCAAUUUACAAUGCUCGACCUGAGCAAGUAGAGAAGGCAUUGAAGCAUGUUUACCAUGCAUCCAUGAACAAAACAAAAUGAAGAGAAUUAGAGCUUGUGUUAGCUAUCUUGCCUGACAACAAUGGCUCCCUAUAUGGUAAAUCAUAAUUAAUGUUUGUUAGCGAAGCUUACUCAAUUGACCUUUCCUUGUGAUUAUUGAGUUCAUACGGAAGUUGCCUACAACUAGAUGUUAGAAUCCUAUACCAUCAGAAGAGAAUGUUUGGAUUUGUGACUUUUUUUGUGCAGUGACAGUGAGCCUUACUUCAUUGCAUAUUUGUGUUUGUACGCGAUAUUAUGUGAAAAAUUUGAUUUAGUUUAGUGGAAAGAUUGAGGCAUAAUUUAAGAUUUCUUUUUCUGAAAUAUUUUUAAGAUGAUGAUAUCAUUGAAUUGAAACAUUUGAAUAACAAUGUGUAUAUUAUAUGUUUAUAUACACAAUUAUUAUAACAUUCUUAACAAGUUUAUUUUCAUAAAA